AUGAAGGUGAAAGGCAAGAUAACCAUCAGAAGGCGGAUCCAAACCGCUCAGGAGGGGAGCGCAACCUGCCGGAGUCGCCAAGCCCCUAACGCCUUUCCGGAGCUCCGAGCAGAGCUGAGCCGCAGCGCCUGGGCUUCUGAUCCUGAGCCGCGGGAGCCGCUGCCUGCUGGGCUGCCCAAAGCGCAGCACCGCACCGCACCGGCUGCUGCUGGCUGGUCGAGUCUUCUCUCUCUCGUGGUUGUGCCCCGGGCUCUGCGUGGUCUCCUCGUCCCCGGACCUUCGGAGUCUACCACUCCUCACCCUCCCGCCAUCAACUUUGAAGGGUCCGUGCAGUGCGGGCCACAAGAUUUCCGAGAGCUUUCUUUAUUUCUGCUUUUUUUCUGUGCGUCCCUUCCCGCGGGGACCCACCGGGAGCCAGUGUCCAUGGAUGUAAUCUUGGUCCUGUGGGUUUGUUUGAGCGCGGCCAGGUCAGUGGUAGGCUUUGGAAUGGACCCUGACCUUCAACUUGACAUUAUCACGGAGCUUGAUCUUGUGAAUACGACUGUUGGAGUUACUCAGGUGUCAGGACUACACAAUACCAGCAAAGCAUUUUUGUUUCAAGACGUAGAAAGAGAGAUCCAUGCAGCCCCACAUGUGACUGAGAAGUUAAUUCAACUCUUUCGGAAUAAAAGUGAAUUCACAUUCCUGGCUACUGUGCAGCAGAGACCAUCGACUUCAGGAGUGAUUCUAUCUAUCCGAGAGCUGGAGCACAGCUAUUUUGAACUGGAGAGCAGUGGCUUGAGAGAUGAGAUCAGAUAUCACUAUAGAUUUAAUGGAAAAUCAAGGACAGAAGCUUUUCCAUACCGGAUGGCAGAUGGCCAGUGGCACAAGAUUGCUCUGUCGGUUAGCGCCUCCCAUCUUCUGCUUCAUGUGGACUGCAACAGGAUCUAUGAGCGAGUGAUAGACCCUCCAGAAACCAGCCUCCCCCCGGGAAGCAACUUAUGGCUUGGGCAGCGCAACCAAAAGCAUGGCUUGCUGAAAGGUGUCAUUCAAGAUGUGAAAGUCAUAUUUAUGCCAAAUGGAUACAUAACACAAUGUCCUAACCUGAAUCGCACAUGUCCAACCUGCAGUGAUUUCUUAAGCCUGGUGCAAGGGAUCAUGGAUUUGCAAGAGCUUUUGGCCAAAAUGACUGCCAAACUGAAUUAUGCAGAAACGAGGCUCAGUCAGUUGGAAAACUGCCAUUGUGAGAAGACCUGUCAAGUAAAUGGACUGAUCUAUCGAGACCAAGACUCCUGGGUAGAGGAUGAUCACUGCAGGAAUUGCACGUGUAAAAGUGGAGCAGUAGAAUGCCGGAGGAUGUCCUGUCCCCCUCUCAACUGUUCUCCUGACUCACUCCCUGUCCACAUUGGAGGCCAGUGUUGUAAAGCAUGUCGCCCGAAGUGUAUCUAUGGUGGAAAAGUUCUCGCAGAGGGCCAUCGGAUUUUAACCAAGAGCUGUCGAGAAUGUCGAGGUGGAGUUUUAGUAAAAGUGACAGAAGUGUGUCCUCCUCUGAACUGCUCAGCAGAAGAUCACAUCCUUCCAGAGAACCAAUGCUGUAGUGUCUGCAGAGGCCAUAACUUUUGUGCAGAAGGACCCAAGUGUGGUGAAAAUUCUGAGUGCAAAAACUGGAACACCAAAGCUACCUGUGAAUGCAAGAGUGGCUAUAUCUCUAUCCAAGGAGACUCUGCAUACUGUGAAGGUAAACACAAUAUUAACAUAGCCAUUUCAGUGAAAUCUUCUGAGAAAUGUAAUGUCAAGUGCCAGAUUAAUGGGAAGAAGCUGUCACAAAACUGGGAUUUUAUGUUGUUCUAA